AUGCACUCACCCGAAUCUCAGCAACUUCUUGGAGUGUGGAAUCAGUAUACUCUAUCUUCAAUAUUCAAAGAAGAAAAUGGGAAAGUUCAAUCUUAUCAUAGACCAGUUUAUAUCAUCCUUGAAACGGGCUUAAACAACGCGAAAGGAGGACAAAGAAGUCGAUCGAUUUAUACUAGUAAGCGACAAAGGCAUUGGAUAUUGGAUAAAGGUCGUUACCAAAUACCAGGAGUUUUAACUACUAGGUUAGAAGGGUGGGGGCUGGAGUCAGUCAUUAUCUAUUUACCACCACGUAACAAGAAAUUUUCGGCCUUGAAAUUCGCUCAAAUAAUUUGA